GUAUUUAUUUGGUGAUAGGAGUACUUAUCUUCUUUAUGUGACCAGAUGUUUUGCAGGAUGUCAGGCGAGCCCAUUAACUCCGCGCGGAGUCGCAGCACAUCAGGGAGACAAGGACGUCACGAUGCUGUAGAUCUUGCACGUGAUGUUACCCCAGUAAUGAACGCGGGGCAUACUCAGUCUAUUAGUCCACAGGGUUCUAUUCAUGUAGCAGCCGGAUCCUCUAGCCAGAAGCAAAAGGGAAGAGGUCCAAACAAAUCGAAAAAGGCUGCAAGAAGACCAGAUGAAAGACCAUUUAUACAAAUUUCGCAUAAAGGAUGGGAUGAUAAUAUGAAGGAUGAGUGGGAUAAGUGGCGUACAAACGGUGAGUAUAGGCCGGUAUGGGUGCCCGAGCACUUAUGGCCUACAUUAUGCACUUAUUGGGAUUCUGAUGAGUUUCACAUUCUUAGCGAGAGGGGAAAGAAAAACCGAGCAUCUGGGGAACGAGUUUCACACACUACAGGAUCAGUGAGUUUUGAUGUACAUGAAGAACGGAUGACCAAAGCUGCUGGGGGGAUAAGGCCAGCACACCAAGACUUAUAUAAGGAAACACACACUUUGCGAAAAGGUGUCCCCCAAGGGCAGGAAGCUCCAUGGUGUGGCGACAAACAUAAGGAUCGUCAUGAUACGUAUGUCAGUGAGUGCUCUGCUACUUAUGGUUCGGACUCAGCAUCAUGGCCGCCAUGGGACAAUGAUGCUUGGGCAGUUGCUGUUGGUGGAUGCCAUACCAAUUUCAUGCCGGGAAUUGGUUCACAUGUAAACCUAGAGGAACUUGGGUUUACAUAUAGAAAGCGACAACCAAAGGGGAAUUCAUAUAUGAGCUUAAUGUUAUCAGACAUGGCUGAAAAACAAGUGAAAGAUAGGGAGGCAAUGCAAAUGAUGCGAGAUGAAAUAGAGCAAGUCAAAGAGCAACGAGAAGCAAUGCAACGGAUGAUGGAAGAAAUUGGGAGGAUGCAGGCUUCUCUAUCGCAAGCAUUUCCUCCUGUAGGGACAUCAUUCCCUACUGCUGGGCCAUCGUUUCAUGCUAGUGGGCCAUCAUUUCCUCAUGCAAUGCCAAUGCAACUCCCGAUAGAACCGGCAUUCCCAAUGGGGCAAAUGGGGAGACAGUCAAAAGCUCCAAAUACAUCUUCACCCAAUCCCCCGCAAGAUGAGUUUGGUUAUCAGCCGAGAUUUGAUACAGAUUACCAGGGUCCUUUUGGGCCCGAAUGAUCAGUGUACAUGAGGUUGCGAACUCAAAACAUGGCAUGUUCUUGCUACUUGAGGAAAAUAUUUUUAUUUUUUGGAUGGACAAUUUGAACUUGUUAGGACAUGAGUGUAUAUGUCAGUUGGAAUUGAAUGGUUUGUGGUAACAUUAACUAAAUUAUUGUGACUUGC